UGUCGGUGUCGGCGUCGAGCCUGGUGUGGUGUGGGGUGCUGUGGCAGGGAUAUGAAGUAGUGUGUGCUUUGGUGUAACUUUGUAGUCUGCGUCACACGGACUGGCUUGGUGCUGUGAGCUAUGACGUUAUAUUCGGAAAUGAAGGGUGCAUAAUACCUACCGUGACAAAACGCCGAGUGAUCUAUGAACAUAAGCUCUGCGCCAUGAACGUCGCGACUCCUCCCGUUCUGCCGGCCCACGCCGACGCACGGUACGCCGAGGCUCUGUAUCGGCUCAGACAUCUACUGAGGGAGUACGACAGCAGCAGCCAGGCGGGCUCAGAGGCGGGUGUGUAUCAGCACCAUGCCAGCCAGCAGCCCGGCUGGCAGCAGCAGCAGCAGCAGCAGCAGCAGCACAGCUGGCAGCCGCAGCCUCCCGGUCGACUUUCGUUUCCAACGGCAGCAGCACAGGUAGCACUGGCCUCUCACGGCGCUACCUAGUACCUUCCGAGUCGCCCCAUCGCCAGGAGGACCACAUUGGAGGACACCCCCGCCACACCCACCACCGACCAUCCAGGUCCAUCCCCCGGACCUUCCGGUAACUGUGGAGCUUCCUCCGGGCUUUGAGCUGUCGCCACAGCGGCUCCCGCGGCGGCCACCGGCUCCGCCACGGGAGCAGUCGGCAGGUCGGCAGCCGCAGCAAGUCACUGCUGCUCCGCAGAGAGCAUCGCCUUCUGCUCGGAGCUCUCCCAUUGCUCUACCCAGGCAGAGGACGGGAGAGGAGGUGAUGGAGGCGGGGACUAGUACCACGGAACUGGCAGCCACUGAGGGAAUGAAGGCACGGCAGCUCGGUCAGCUUGCUCGGAGGCAAGGGGAGCUAGUCGGUCAGCUGGAGCACGAAAACCAGCUACUCCGGAAUAUGAUGGACGAGAUGGAGCAGCACGUCCAGGAGCUUGUCGCAGAGAACAGGAAUCUGACAGAGGAGCUCAGGACCCAAGCUCAGCUGAACGACGAGCUGGGUGCCACGAGCGUAGCGGCUAACCCCAUCAGCGUUGAACCGGACACAGCACAGGUCGCCAACGCAGAGAUCGGCACAUCCCAGCCCGCCUCUGCAACUUCAGCCGGCGGCAACCAGCAGUCAGCGGGCAGCGGUCAGCAAUCAGCCGCUGGAGGUCAGCAGUCAGCUGCUGGAGGUCAGGGGGAACCCCCAGCCGGCAGAGGGAGGUCAGAGGAGCUGACCGAUCAGGAGAGGGUGGAGCUGGUGCGGCUGAGGGCGGAGGCGGCGGAGCACCGGACGUGGAUGGAGGAGGUGUACCAGCGGCAGCGGCAGCGGCAGGAGAAGGAGAAGGAGGAGCUGACACAGGCCCUGGGUAACCUCCAGAGUCGUCUGGCAGAGCUUCAGUCUCGGGAGGAGGAGGCUCUCCGCAGGGUGACGGACAGUGUCCGGCUAGCCGAGCAGGCGCAGCUCGAGAAGGCAGAGGCACAAAACACAGCCGCUGCUCUCAGAAAAGACCUGGAGCACGGGCAGAGCCGCCAGCAGCGUCAGGCGGAGGAGCAGGAGCGUCGACUCUCUGCCGCGCGACAGGAGGCCCAGCAGGCCGUGGAGGCCAGCUUCGGUCGGAUCACCAGCCAGCUGUCCGAACAGACCAAAAAGGUCGCAGAGCUGGAGGCAGCUCAGGAGGACUGGCGGAGACUGGAGCACGAGCUGCGGUCCGCCGCCGAGGAUCAGGAACGCUCCGCCGCUGACUCCAGGCAGGAGGCAGACAGGGCGGCGGAGAAACAUCGUCAGGAGCUCAGCCAGGAGAGACGGAGACGGGAGAACGCGGAGUCUCGCCUGGAGACGGUGCGGGUUGAGGCGGAGCGGACGCAACAGGAGACUCGUCGAGACGCGGAGACGCAGCGGGCGGAAGUUGUCUCCCUUCGCAAACAGCUGGCUACGGCGGAGAACGCGCUGAAUUCGGCGCAUCGAGAUAGAGUAGCUCUGCAGGAGCAGGUGAACCAGCUGGAGCGGAAGCUGGCCGACCAGCAGAUGGUCGCGGAGACGGCCAGACGUGGACACUCGGAGGACCUUCGAUCGGUGACUGAGCGCGCCGCUGACCACGAGCAGCAACUCACUGAGGCGCUGCGAACGCUCAGAGAGGAAGCCGACAGUAGGACGGGUCAGCUGGAGGACAUGCUUCAACAGCAGACCCAGCUGGCCUCCCAGUUCGAGUCGGAGUGCGCAGCGCUGACCGCGGAGCUGGCGGCGGCGCACAGACGGCAGCAGGAGCUGGCAGCCGGCGCCAGUAGCCUCCAGCAGCGUCUGGAGGAGACAGAGGCGGCGCGCCGACGGCUCGAGUCGCGCACCUACCAGUACGGCCGGCAUCACGAGGCACUGCUUCUGCGCGCCGAGGAGGUCCAGCGCCGACUGGACAGCAGCGAGACGGCAGCUGCGCAGCUGGCCGAGCGGCACCAGCAGCUGCUGAUGGAGCGUCGCCAGCUGCGAGACCGGCUGGCGCUCACUCAGGUCGUGGGGUGAACAGAAAUGUUGUUUGGACACCAAUCGAAGGAUAAUGUGGUGGAUGUGUGAUUGAUUUCAAUGUUGUGUGGCAUGUUAUGUUGUGUCCAAUAAUAAUCGUUACAUGACGUGAAAA